AUGGCAAGCAUGGAGGGCGCGGUGAUCAGGCACCGGACUGUGGAGGUCAAUGACAUCUUGAUGCACGUGGCAGAGGCCGGCCCCGAGGGGCACUCCAAGGGGACCGUGUUGUUCCUACAUGGCUUCCCGGAGCUAUGGUACACGUGGCGCCACCAGAUGGAGAAUCUGGCAGCACGCGGCUACCAUUGCGUCGCGCCUGACCUCCGUGGCUAUGGUGGUACCACCGCCCCGUCCGACGUGGAAUCUUACAAUGCCUUCCAUAUCGUCGGUGACAUCCUCGCGCUUCUCAAUACCCUAGGGCUUGCAAAGGUGUUUGUGGUGGGACAUGACCGGGGGGCGCUGGUCGCGUGGUACGUGUGCCUGUUCCGGCCGGACCGCGUCACUGCGCUCGUCAACACCAGCCUCGCCUUCAUCCGCAACAUCAUUGCACGCAACGGACCCGGCUUCGUGAAGCCCACCGACUACUUCAACCGCGCCUACGGCCCCGACUACUACAUGUGCCGCUUCCAGGAGCCCGGGGUCGCGGAGGCGCGGCAGUUCGCGCCAGAGCACGCUAGGCGCCUCCUGCGGCAGAUCAUGUGCCACUGCUUCAGCCACGGCGUGGCCUGUGACGAGGAAAUGCACGAUGACAAGUACCCGACGUCUACGCUCCCUCCUUGGCUCACCGAGGAAGACGUGGACUACUUUGGCGCCGAGUUCAAGAGGACUGGGUUCACCGGCGGCAUCAACUACUACCGCAACCUGGACAGGAACUGCGAGCUGGCUGCGGCGUGGGCGGACGCCAAGGUGCAGGUGCCGACCAAGUACGUGGUGGGUGAAGGUGAAAUCACGUACCACUUCGAGGGGGUCCAGGAGUACAUCCACGGGGGCGGGUUCAAGGAGGACGUGCCGCUGCUAGAGGAGGUGGUCGUCCUCCUCGGCGCCGGCCACUUCAUCCAGCUGGAGAGGGCACAGGAGAUAGUGCUUCCAAGUGUCCAAAGAAGGUGCAGCCAUUCUAAAGGUUUUAUCGUUUCUGCUCAUCCAGAUGCCCCAGCAACCCAUGAUAAUGAUAUCCAUGGCAAUUUCUGA